CACUGCCACUUCCCUGGCAGGCGAGUCCCGACACAGGCAGACAGGUGGGGCUGACCUGACAGGUUUCAGAGGCCAGGGGCAAUGGGGCGGAGCAUGCCUCUGACUUAGGGUGGCAACAGUUUGGGGGCCCCACCACACACAGAGCGGUCAGGCAGGAGGAGGAACUGCUGGUAUCUUCUUCCUGCUGCUCCAGCCCAGCGUGCGGGCCAUGGAACCUGUGGGUGGGUGAGGCAGCCAGUGGGGCAGGUAUGUUUGGAGGCCGAGGACCUGGGGGCCUAGGAGUCCAGGGCAUGGCGGGACCCCUGCGAGGCCGUGUGGAGGAGCUGAAGCAGCCGUGGUGGCGGGAGAGCACGCCACUGGUGCUGAGGCACAGCGAGGCAGCCCGGCUGGCAGCUGAUGCCCUCCUGGAGCGAGGUGAGGCUGCCUACCUGCGGGUCAUCUCUGAGGAGCGGGAGCUGCCCUUCCUGAGCACCCUGGACAUGGACUACAUGACCAGCCAUGUGCAUGGGGGCCCAGAGCUUAGCGAGGCCCAGGGGCCUGAGGCCUCGGGGCCUGACCGCCUCAGCCUGCUCUCCGAAGUCACCUCAGGCACUUACUUCCCCAUGGCCUCUGACAUAGACCCCCCAGACCUGGACCUGGGUUGGCCGGAGGUUCCGCAGGCCACAGGCUUCAGCCCCACCCAGGCCGUGGUGCACUUCCAGAGGGACAAGGCCAAGAACAUCAAGGACCUGCUGCGUUUUCUCUUCAGCCAGGCUCACACGGUGGUGGCUGUAGUGAUGGAUGUAUUCACCGAUAUGGAGCUUCUGUGUGAUCUGAUAGAGGCCUCAAGCCGGCGUGGUGUCCCUGUCUACCUGCUCCUGGCCCAGGAGCACCUAAAGCAUUUCCUGGAGAUGUGCUACAAGAUGGACCUCAAUGGAGGGCACCUGCCGAACAUGCGUGUGCGGAGCACAUCUGGGGACACGUACUGCAGCAAGGCAGGCCGCCGCUUCACUGGGCAGGCCCUGGAGAAGUUCAUCCUCAUCGACUGUGAGCAGGUGGUGGCAGGCAGCUAUAGCUUCACCUGGCUUUGUAGCCAGGCCCACACUAGUAUGGUGCUGCAGCUGAGGGGCCGCAUUGUGGAAGACUUUGACCGGGAGUUCCGCUGUUUGUAUGCUGAGUCACAGCCUGUGGAGGGCUUCUGCGGUGGUGAGGAUGCACUGACUCCCCGGGUACCACCUCCUCCCACAGACGCCCUGGUCUUCAGGCCUGACAUCCCAAACUCUACAUCUUCCUCACCCUCCAGUACCAGCCUCAGCAGCAUCAAGCGCUCACCUCUCAUGGGCCACUCCUCCUACCUCGCUCUACCAGGAGGUGGUGGCUGCAGUGAUAUGGGUAUGGGGUCCUCAUCCCCAAGCCCUGCCCACCAUGAGGCCAGUGGCCAGCCCUCCCUGCAUAGCCAGCUGUCUGACCCUAACCGUGGCUCCCCUCCAGGGUUCUACAGGGCCAACCUGGGCAAACUGGGGGCACACCCAUGGUCCCAGUCCUCCCCUGCCCUUAAUCACAAUGGCACCAGCUCCUUGACCCUGGCAGUGGGGUCACCUCUGCUUCACCGCUCCCGGCCCCUCUUCUACUUCCCCCGGGGUGUUCCAGUUCUGUCCCAGCUCCCGGAGAAUGGGCUCCCAGGAAGCCAGGAGCCUAGCCCCCAACGAGAUCGCCAGGUACCUAGCAAAGCUCCGGAAACAGUGGAGAAGAAGCCAUCUCUGAGUCAGAGCCAUGGCCAGCUGGAUCUCCUUGUCCCCUUCCCUAGAACCCGAGAACCAGUAGACCCUAACCCUAGGGUUUCCCCUAACUCUGGCUCCCUUCGGCCUGGUGAGCAGGCCCCAGAAGACAGAAGGUUGUUCCCAGGCCAGAGUGACAGCCAGCUGGAUCUCCUGCCCCGGGCUCAGAGUGCAGGGGUUGCCCCUGAGUCAGGUUCCUUUAGACCUGGUGAUCAGUCCCCAGAGGACAGGAGGCUGUCUCUAAACCAUAGCCAUGGUCAACUGGACCUCCUGGUGCAGUACCCCAAGGUCCAGGGCUUCAGAGUAACUCCUAUAGCCAACUCCUCAUCCAGGCAUCCAGCCAAGCAGCAUCCAGAUGAGCGACGACAGACCCUGGGCCACAGCCAGCUUGAUCUCAUCACAAAGUUCGGCCCGUUCCGGGCAGAGGGGCCUGGGCCAGGUGGUCUCCCGGGACCAAGCCCUGCUCGCAUGGCUGCAGUGGGCUCUGGGGAGAAGCGACUGACUCUGGGCCACAGCAAGCUGGAUCUCAUCACCAAGUAUCAUCAGUUACAGGGUGCCAGGCAGGGACCUGAGCCGGGCCUCCUUGGGGGUCCCACAGGUGGCCAUCGCAAUGGUAGUAGCAAUGACCUGUUUAGGGAUGAGAAACGGCUGACCUUGGGCCACAGCAAACUGGACCUCAUAACUAAAUACAACAAGUCCAAGUUCAAGCUGCUCCGAAGUCGCUUUGAGUCCUAGCCCUGCUUCUGGCAAGGACAGGUCCCUCCUCCAUCCGCUAAGACUCUGGACUUGCUCAGGUCCCAAACUCUGGGUAAAGUUGGUGUCUAAAAGCCCAGGUCAGGCACACUUUCUGGGCUUAGGUUUUUUUUUUUUUCUUGAGACAUGGCCUUGCUCUUUCACCUGGGCUAGAGUGCCAUGACCUCAGCCUACCUCACAGCAACCUCAAAUUCCUGGCUCAAGCGAUCCUCCUGCCUCAGCCUCCCACGUAGCUGGGACUACAGGCACCCACCACCACACCUGACUAAUUUUUCUAUAUUUAGUAGAGAUGGGGUCUUGAUCUUACUCAGUGUGGUCUUGAACCCCUGAGCUCAAGGGAUGCUCCCACCUCAGCCUCACAAAGUGCUAGGAUUACAGAUGUGAGCUACCACGCCUGGCCUGGGCUCAAGAUUCUUGCUUAUACAAGCACGAGCACACACAAACACACACACACAGGGAAAUGAAACCCACAGUUAUUGGGUGCCAAUUGCAUGCCAUGAUGCUGGGCACUUCACACCAGGUAGUAUCUCCUUCUUUAUCCUCAAAACAGCCUACACAACGGACCACUUGUAGGUGCGUAACUAUAGGAUAAUAGAUGUUAUCCUGCCUUAGAAGCUGAGGCUUAGAGAGUUUAAAUGACUUACCUGGAGUCAAGUCCAAGCUGAGUAGGGACCUAGACCUGUGUCUAAAGAUUGUCUUUUUUGCACACAAGAUACAAUAUCCACAAUUCACACAUCCCCUUACAUACAAAAUACGCACAUUACAGAAAUGCCUCAAAGUCCAUUAAUAUACACAGCACGUUGACAGGGCACAUAUACACAAACUGCACAACCACAGCCACAUACAGUCAGUACACAGAGGUCCAUGCGAGAAGCCAGAAUACUCAGAAUUUUAGUUGCAGGUUCUCAAUAAAUGUCAUUUGGCUAAAUGAAUGGCUACACAGGGCGGUGCCUGUGGCUCAAGGAGUAGGGCGCCGGUCCCAUAUGCCGGAGGUGGCGGGUUCAAACCCAGCCCCGGCCAAAAACCACAAAAAAAAAAAAAAAAAAAAAAAAAGAAUGGCUACACAAAACACCUGCAUUCAGUGUACACUGUGGACAGCCUCAGGAUCUACAACCUAUAAAUUUGCCCAUAAUCUGCCCCACCCCACACAUACACCCAACCGGUAUCUUCUUGAACCUAAGCUGUGUCCAGCCCUGCUCAGGACAUACCACAGGGCUGACAAGUAAAUCAGACAGAGACCCUAAGGACAAGGAUAAAAUGCAUAAGCCGUUUGGAGAACAAGUCAGAGCUGCAUGAAGUUAAAGGCUAACCAGUGACAGUCUGAAGAUGGUGCAGGAAAGUUUCUUAGAGGAGGCAGCCUUUGAUUCAGGCCUUGACGCAUGAGGAGGUUUUGGACAGAGAGGUGAUAGAGGAAUUUUUGGUAUAGGGAACUAGGUGAAGAGAUGACCAAAAGAGGACUGAGGCAAACUGGGGAGGACAAGUGGAGCAUGUGGAUAAUCACAUACAAACGCACACACACUCUCAUCCUCAUCUGCAUCUUGCUGUCUCUUGAAGUAUGGACUGUAACAGUGAGCCCACUUCCUGAGCUCACUGCCUGCCUGGAACAGUACUCAUGAUACAAAUCAAUAAAGCAGAUAUGACUAUGA